GAACAGGUCAACCUGGGCCAAUAUGCCUACUGUCGGCUAUCUUUCGGCCUUCUUUCGGCCUAUCUGGACAAUAAUGUCGGCUUUUCAUGGAGCACACUGACGUAUUUCACGGCUACUUGCGGCCAUUCCUCGUUAGCUGAGUGGGCGGCACUAUAUAUAGACCGGAAGACAAGUACUAGCGGUUGAACACGAGGUCCGGAAUAGCGACAUCGGCCUUGGGAGGGACAGAACUCUUAAGUGGCUCUGACCUAUAAAUUCGGUACCCGGUUUGUUGCAAGUCCAGUACUCAGAUCACGCAGACGUCGCUCACAUCAUGGCCGCUCCCCAACCCACCUAUGACAUUGCCAUCGUUGGCGCUGGCAUUGUUGGCUCAGCCCUAGCCUACUUUCUGUCCGUUUCGGAGGAUGGCAAGAAAGUGGCUUUGCUCGAUCGCUCUUUCGAAUCGUUGAAAGGGUCCACGGGAUAUGCACCCGGCUUUGUCGGUCAAUACAACGAGUCUAGAGUUCUCACUCAGCUUGCAGUUGACACCGUGAAGGAGUACACCAAAAUACCCGGGGGUAUCGAUAUUCUCGGAGGCCUGGAGAUUGCCACAAGUCACGAAGGUGUGGAAAGGUUGAAAGGGAGAUGUGCGAAAGCCCAGGAGGCUGGCCUGGCCGCGAAAAUGAUAUCAUCCGAGGAAGCAAUCAGCUUGGCCCCGAAUUUGGUCAAGGGGGGCAACGAGGCCGCGCUUCAUUUUCCAUGUGACGGGUCGGCAAACGCUAUUGGGAUAACGGCCUUUUAUAAGAAACAGGCGCAGGCAAACGGUGUCCAGAUCCUUCAAACAGACGUUUCACAAAUUAGUCAAGCCAACGGUUGCGUGCGGGGAGUCAUGACCUCCUCCGGAUUCAUUGAUGCGAAAGCUGUCGUUGUCGCAACGGGGAUUUGGGCAUCAGGGCUUUGCGAACUCGAUAUUCCUGUCCCAAUCAUACCCGUCGCCCAUCCUUACAUGUACAGCGAAUCCCAUGAGCCAAACCCACAUAAGGCACCUUGGGUUAGAUGGCCUGAAUACCAUGUUUAUGCCCGCGACCAUGGCACCUUCUAUGGCUUAGGCUCCUACAACCAUCAGCCAAUUUCCCAAGAACCGAAGGACAGUGCCCAUGGUGACUGGAUUGAGCAUUUUGACUCAACUUUGAACCGUGCUUUGCAGUUCCUACCGGGGCAGACGGGAUUUGUCCCUGCGAAGAAGUUCAACGGUAUCUUCUCCAUGACACCCGACAAUAUGCCACUGGUAGGAAGUAUUCCCUCUGUCGCGGGACUCUACAUGGCAGCGGCGGUGUGGGUUACGCAUGCAGCAGGCUCGGCCAAGUUCCUGACUCGACUCUUGAACGGAGAGAAUGUCGAUGAGAACACAAAGAAGGCACUAGACCCAACCAGGUUCCGUGGACAGGAUCUAGCGCAAUUGAAGCAGGAAUCAUUGGACGGUUACAACAGUAUCUACAAGACGCAGGAGAAUGGGCGGCAGUAGGAUGCCUUUCAACAGCGCUACAGGGUUUGUUCUUAUUGGAGGUAUCGAAUUUUUCCAGAUAAUAAGCAUGCAUUUUGGUUUUUAAAGUCAAUCUCCCCGAGUCCCCAUUGAGCAGACCAUGGCGCGUGAACGGUGGCUUUUCCAGGCCGGCAGCCGCCGUACUAAGUGCUUAGUCUAUUCUAUUCUGUCUCACAUAAAAAACAGAAAGGAUUAUUUUCUGCCACCGAUAACCUCCCAGAUCGUAU